AUGGCAUUGGAAUUAGAAACAAAACGCCGAACAGUGCUUCGUACUGCUUUUACGACAGCUGCUAAUGUUUUGGACAAUUUGUUAUCUGAAACGGUGGACACUCGACCCUGGCAACAAAUUAGUGUACAGUGGGAACUGUUACAAGUUAAGUACAAUGAGCUGUGUGUCGUGGAAAGUGCGGUGUUUGAAGCUAUGGUCGAAAAGGCUUCCGAGGCAGAAUUAAUCAGUGAGAUGGAGGCAAAGGAUAGAUACAGCACACGCUACUAUGAACUGAAGUACAAAUGCGAAGACAGACCCAGUUUAGUAAGUUCAGAGUCAUCAAUAAAAGGUAAGCGCAGUUUUAAAUUACCUCCAAUCGAAUUCAAGAAAUAUUCUGGGGACUUGAUAGAUUGGCUUCCAUUUUGGUCGCAGUUCAAAGUAGUGCAUGAUGAUCCAUCGAUUGAUUUAAACGACAAAAUAGCUUAUUUGAGACAAGCCACUGUAGACGGUAGUAAGGCCAGACGUUUAGUGGAGAGUUUUCCUGCAGUAGCCGAUAAUUACUCAAAAAUUAUAAAGAGUUUGAAGUCUAGGUUUGGCAGAGAGGAUCUCCAGAUUGAAGUAUAUAUUAGGGAGCUCUUAAAGUUAAUUUUGAGUCGAGUUUCUAGUAGUUCUUGUAAUGUUUCUGCACUAUAUGAUAUGAUAGAGAGUCAACUUCGUUCACUUGAGACCUUAGGCAUAACUGCUGACAAAUAUGCGGCAAUAUUGUAUCCCCUUAUUGAGUCAUGUUUACCGGAGGAUAUGAUCAGACUAUGGCAUAGAUCUUCACAGUUUUUAAGGCCUUCUGGUUCCGUAUCCAUGCACAAUGUCGAAGAAUAUGCAGAAGUUUCAACUUUGGAGACAAGAUUAAGUGGGCUAAUGAGUUUUCUACAAAAUGAAGUUCAAAAUGAACAAAAAAUUAAUUUAGCAACGGAAGGUUUUGGUUUAUCGACUGAAAAUAAAUGUAAAUCUAAUAACCUGGUUGAAAAGAAGAAUAUAAAAUUACCAAAGCAAGGAACUGAUCAGCCAUCAGCGACCGCGGCUGGGUUGGUAAAUUAUGAGGUUGACAGGUGUAUUUUUUGCGAAGGACAGCAUGACAGUAUCAAUUGUUUUAAAGCACAAAAAUUGUCUAUGGAACAGAAACGACGAACAUUGUCAGAGAAGAAAGCCUGUUUUCGAUGUUUGAAGGUGCGACAUUCUUCGAAGAACUGUAGAGCACGUUUGAAUUGUAUUUUGUGUUGUAAAUCCCAUGUUGUUUUGAUGUGUCCUGAUUUACCUGUUAACAAAAUUGAUACAUCGACCUCAAGUAUCAGCCGCUCGGAAGAAAAUAGGACUGAGGAUCAGACGCUUGCGAAUUUGAAUAAUACACAGGUUUUUUUACAAACUCUGCGAGUAAACAUAAGAAGUGCACAUGGUACUAAACAAGUAAGGGCACUUAUUGACACUGGAUCGCAGAGAACAUAUAUUUUACAGCGUACCGCACAAGAAAUGGGUUUUUCUGCUAAAGGAACGGAAAAUAUCGUACAUACGUUAUUUGGCGGUAAAAGUACUUCUGAACAACGACAUAAAUUAUACAAGGUAACUGCGAGUGAAGGAGCUUACUCUUGUUCAUUUGAUGCCUUAGAUCAACCAAAAAUUUGUGCAGAUGUCUCUCCUGUUUAUCACGGCCCUUGGGUUGAGGAACUUAGUGACAUGAAUAUUUCGCUCAGCGAUGUCGGACAUAUAGCACCAAUUGAGAUUUUGUUAGGAGCUGAUGUUGUAGGCAAAUUGUAUACACCCUAA